AUGUCCGAGGUCGCCCGACCUCAGGCGAGGCUUCCCGACCUCAGGCAAGGCUUCCCAGCGACCAGAUCUGGCCGCUUGCGGCUGAGCGCCGCCUGCCAGUUGAGCUUCGCGGUGGAGCAGCAAGUCCAAAUCCAAGGAAGAAGACGAUGGAUUGUAUUUUUGAGGGCAAAAGGGGCAAAUAUGAUUAUCAAGACUCAGAAAGCUGAAGAAAGAGGCGCAGGCUUUGAAAAGAAUGCUUCUGGAGAAGUUGAGAAAGCGAAGGAGUUUAUAAGAGCAGGAAAUAGGGAGGCUGCAAAAUUAUGCUUGAGGAAGAAGAGGCUGUAUGAACAGCAGAUUGAGCAAUUUAGACAUUACGAAUUUCAGAUUGGGGAACAGAUAAUAAAGUUGAAAGGAGCAAAAGCAAAAACUGAAACUGUGGAUGCUCUAAAAAUUGCAGCAGCAGCAAUGCAAGAAAUGGAGAAGGCGAUGGGUAAGAUAAUGAAUGAGAUUGAUCUAAUGGCAAGCUCGAGACAAACUCAAGAUUCAUUGCCAACUAGUUCUGGCGCAGCCACUGAAGUUGACGAGGAUGAGCUUGAGGCGGAGCUCAAUGAACUGGAAGGAGCUGACCCUGUUCCUCAGAGGACAGCUGAGGAGGAUGAACUUGCGGCUUUGCAGGCUGAGAUGCCACUUGGAGCAGGUCUUGCUGCUCAUAGUUAAUUGAGGCUGUGUAAAGACCUGGCCAACCCUGUAUCAUGGACAUUAAGGUUUUCAUGUUCUCCAAUACCAAAAGUUGGGGUGUGUUUUUAUCAUUUUAACCCAUCAAGGGAGCUCUGUACCACGAAAGUAUCCAGGAUUCCUUUUUAUCGAGUCUUUGCUUUAUCUUCCGUUUGUCUUGUAUGGUUGAUUACUAUUGUUGUGUGGGGGUCUUUAAGGCGGUAUUGGAAUGGCUCAUUUUCCAAGGACUAUUCCUCCCUUUGUGCCUGCUGCAAUGAGCUGACCUUUUCUUACUAGAUGAUGUGGAAUUUCAUUCUCUCGGAGAGAACCUCAACAGUAGCUUCUCGAUUGUGCACCAACUUGCAAAGUUGGGCUGUGCUGUUCAUAAUUUUUACUUCGAUCUCGAGUGGGCUUCUUGGUUUUGAUCUAGGACAGUCUCGAGCUUCCUCUGGAAGUACUAUUUCUGUGUCUAUGGAUAUCUAUAACCUAGUCAUAUAUCCCAGAAGAGCAAAUAAAGGCCUGAUUUCAAUUUA